GCCCGCUCCCCCGUCUGUGUACAUGUACCCGAGAUACUGAACAUUUGUAGCCUCUACGUGUUAAAGGUGUGUUACAAAGCACUCUGUGGGCUAUGAACCGUCAUAUAACACCUCCACGAUUCUUCAGUACCUUCUGGGUUUGGCAAAGCCUUCUUCUGUGAAGUAGACAGUAACGUACAUAUUACCCCUGUGCCAGUCUAGCUCAGCACACAUUCUGUUUAUUUUCCCCCAGAAUAUAUGAACUCUCUAUUCCCUUUUUGGAUAAAAGCCAAAAAACACCUGUUUUUAUGCUGAUUGAUGUUACAUAUGCCCUGCAUUUGGACACAGCGCUCCACUGCAGAUUUGUAGCUCCACUCUUUUUGUUAAAGCCAGGUACCACCUUGUUUUGGGCAGAUCUUGGUCUUGGCAGGGUGUGCAUCGAAUCGGUGAGCACCAAGCCAUCAGUGUGAUGGCAUGUCAGCCACUUUGUGAAUGGCACUGUGUCUGCCGGUCCGAUCAGUGUGGCUGUCAACCAGACCUGAUCCAUGACGGAGUACUACGAGGAGGGGGGGUUGCUGUAUGAGCACUCACCUCCCAUGCACAUUAAAGUGGAGUCCCCGGAGGGUCCCUUUGGAGGGGGUGUCUCAGAAGAUGGCUUCCCCCGGGAAGAUGAUGACUCGGACGGUAGCUGUGAUCAGAGUAGUGGACUGCCCGGCAGCCUGCCGUUCAACGUGGUGGUAGUACAUCCUAACAUUGUUGCCCCUGGAGUAUCCUCUGAUGAACUUAUCCCAAAUGAACAAAACAGAAGUGUUUCAGCAGCACUGGCUUCAGGGGGUGCAGGCAAAAGGAAGAGUCGCUUUAGUGGUGCUGAGCUGGAGGUGUUGGUGUCAGAAGUGACCAGAUGUGAAGGAGAGUUAUUUGGGCCGGCUGGUAGGCUCAGGCGCCGGGAGAGAGAGCGAAUCUGGGCAGGGAUCCUGGAACGCGUGAACGCCGUGUCACGAGUCCCACGCACCCUUCGAGAAGUUAAGAAACGCUGGGAUGACCUGAAGAGACGCAACGGUGGAAGGCUAGCGGAUGCCAGGCACCGCUCCUGCUACCUGCCAUCCAGCAGAGGAACGGCAGUUUUGGGAGGGCCUCCUCAGUUGAGUCCCAGGUUCCAGCAGGCCCGUCAGAAGCUUAAUACAAGGGGAAAGGCUAGUUUCACCUGUCUGUCUGACACUGAUCCAGUUGCAGGUGGAGACGGUUCUGAAAGAGAUGGUUUUGAAAAGGAGGACGAGCCUGGGGAUCAAGAAGGUGAAGAAGGAAACAAGGAUUGUGAGGCUGUAGAUAACAGCAUGGAGGACAAACUGGGGUUAGGUCUGGGAUUAGGAAUAGUACCACCCCCAACAUCCGAACGCUGGCUGCCACCUUCACCACUCUAUAGUGCUCCCUUCCUCAAUGGGACUCCUCAGCCCAGUCCAGAACCUUCCCUUGGAGCUCAUCAAGGCCCACUCGAGCCCCCUCCAUCACGCACCUCCUGGCUGGAGGAUGAACUUAGGGGACUCGGGGAGGCAGCUGUGCAGCUCGGGGAUCGGCUGGAACAGAAUCUGCGAGAGUUCGGCGAAGGGUUCAGGCGUGACAUGCGGACACUGGUGGCCUCUCAAGAGGCCCUUACAAUAAGCUUGCAGCAAAACAAUGUGCUUUUGCAGCGACUGUUAGGACUUCUCGAGAUGCAGCAUCAGCAAAAUCAGCUUCCGCAGCAACAGAUCCUGCAGCAACAGCUUAUCCAGCAAUCAUCACAGGAACUUUCACGGCAUCAGCAGCAGCAACAAGGAACUCCGUCACAGCAGCAGUUACCCCAGCAGCUUGAACAAGUUCCUCAAAAUGCGAAUGAGCAGUUAGCAUCUGUUACUUCAGUACCCCCACCUCCAGAUAUUUUAGAUGGCACUUCUCAGCCUGAACCGCCAAUUGUGAUAAACACUCAAAGGCCACGCCGCGGGAGAACAGUAGACCACAGGAGAAGACGUAGACACUAGAUAUGUAAAUUGUCUUCAGUACAGACCACUAAAGUUGUGUCAUCGUUUUGCAGUCAGCGCCAUGUCCAAAAACGGAGCUCCAGGUCUAAGCUGGUUUUCUCUAUGGGAAAAAUGAAAGGUGUUUUUGGAAAUCAGCGCUGCUGCGCUCUGUGGUAAACAAAAGUUGCUACAUUUUUUGUCCUACAUAUCGUCGCUGUCCGAUGAAAAACAUGUAUCUCCAUUUUUUGCAAUUUUCACUUUGCUGCAUCGUUUGAGCUCAGCAGCUGUCCUUUACAUUGUGUGAAAAUUUCAUGAUGAAGGGACCAAUAGAAAUGCUCCAAAAUUCCUAAGAAUAAAAUUUCUUUCCAUUAACUUACAUUGAAAGUUAAGAACAUUUUGCCCUCUCCUGUAAAGUUACUCAUUUGGAGAUGCUUGUUUUUCUGGGACAGUGACAAUAUCCACAUUUUCCCACAAAUUUCACUGGAUCCUCUGAACUGCGGUCAUUUAUUAAGUCGAAUUACAAGUACUGCUACUUGCGAGCUAACACUGCUGCGCACUGAAUUGAAAACAGAAAACUCGCCAAAAUACCCCAUUUAAAGCCAACAAGUACCUAAUGUUUGGUAAAGUUGCUUAACUUUAGUAGUGGACUUCAGUGCGCAGGAGUGUUAGCUUGAUCGUAGCAUGGAUGUAGCAAUAAUCGACUCCUUAGCAACCUAAUUCAAAUGAUCCGGUGAUAUUGGGAGGAAAGUGGGCCAAACAUACCACAUAGUGCGACAACAGUUAUUCUUCCCAUAGAGAAAAACAGCAUAGGCCUAGAGUUCGUUACUGGGGCAUGAUGCCAACUACAUCACAAACAACUUCAGUGGUCUAUAGCUAUUUAUUUCAGUGUUUUAUAUUCUGAUGUACAGCAGGUUGUGCCAUGUCUUAAAAGCUUCAAUUUAUUUGCCUGUUGCAUAUUAUGGGCUACAUGUAAAAAGUUAUAUGAGCAUCAUAUUUAAUGGGUUAUUCUGUGUCAAAUUACUGUGGAAUUGAGUAGAGCAAGUUAUACACAGCAUGGAAAAAGACAAUGUCUGCUGUUUUUGGUUAUUUAAUUCACUAGGACAAGUACUAUUGCCUGGAACCCAAGGUAGUCUGCUCAAAUACAUAUCUAGGGAUAUGUCAGAUGGCUAAUGUACGGACAGAUGAUUGUUUCAUCAUUAUAUUUUUAGCAGUCCCAGUCUUGGAGCACUGCAAUACUACAAAUAACCAUCAUCCUUAUUUAGUUAUUCUUAGGGCCUGUAAACGUUUAAACAGGGCACUAAAUUACAUCAUAUGCUGCUGUGCUGUUUCGUUAAAUGUUAAAAUAGUGCUGUUGUGGUUGUUUCCUUGGAUUCGCUUGGUGUUUUGAAACUGCUGUGGUUUAAGUCUAAACCACAAUCGUGAAACUACUGAGAUGUGAAGGACGCCACUCAACACAGUGGCCAAUUUGGGAUUUUUAUGUGUUUUUCAGUUCAAAUGUUCACAGUGAUGCUUUUGCCAUCACUCUGCAUCCCUACAGUGGCUGGAACAAAUAUUUGAUAAUAUUCAGUCAAUUUGCUAGUGUUCUAAAACUGUAAAGGCAUUUGAAUUACCAACACUUUUAAUACUUUUAUGAACGUAAUGAAUGUAUAAUUUCAAUUAGGUUUUAUUAAAAAAAACCUAAAUAAGAAGCAAAAUAAAUAAACAGAAUUUAUGCAAUAGUACGAAAAAGUGAAUAAAUCAUAAGAAUUAGUAGCAUUAAUAAGUCAUUAUAUACAGUACAGUGUAAAAGUCAGAGAUAACCUUUUCAUUCAUUUCAUUUCCAGUCGGUCAAGUACAAGUAAUUCAUUUUCCAGCAUUAAGGAAAAAAGCUGUUUUUAGUAUUUAGCGCGUCCAGUUUUGCCUUAAUCGUAGCUUCUGUUAUUUUUUGGACACUUGCUUUCAGUUUUUUAAAGAAAUCUUCCACACCUCCAAGGUUCAGUCUUAGAAAUUGGUUGUAUUUUCUGUUGCCCACCAUCCGAAUUAUCCCAGUUACAUCAUUUGGACUCAUCAGUUUGUAAAACCUUCACAUUGUCAUUGUCCAUUUUUGGUGUAUUAGUGCAGAUGUUCUUCUUUCUUGUCUGUUUUGUUUUCUCAGUAAGAGCUUCUUGGCAGCUACACAUCCUUUUAGACUCAUAGCAUUGAGAAUCGAAUCUUACAGGAUGGAGAGAAAAACCUUUUUUAAAGUCUCUUUUAAAGAUGAAAGCUUUAAAGUGCUGUUUUUCCACUUAUUUUCCCUUCACUUUCCCUUUCCUUAUGCAAGUGGAUCAUCUGUAAUCUAAUCUCCCCAGAGUUUUCUCCUGAAUAAUUUGCACUUAAUGGCCAUUUCUACUGGAAAUUAAAUAAGUGAAGGUUGGUCUCUGAAUAAUUACAACAGAAUUUCACCGUUGUCCAAAGAAAACCUUGUAUCUCCAUUUUUUUUAAUGCUUUUCUGUUUUUGGCACAAUUUGAAAAUGCCUGUUGCUCUUUACAUUGUGUGUAAAUUUCAUGAAGAAUGGACCAA